UACACGCCAAGAACAAUACGAGCCAUAUAUUCCACAAAAUUAAAAUUAAAUACCCAAUUAAAAAUAUCACUCAAUAAUUAACAACACAAAAAUCACCCGCCAGAAAUGGCCGAACUGAAGCUCCGUACAUUUUCCGGCACCGCUAAUCUCUCCUCCACCGCCAAUCUCUCCUCCACCUCACUCUCCUCACUUUCAUAUUUUUGUCCGAAAAGAAAUGUAAAAAUACGCAGAAAAACGACGCCGGUAAAGUCAGCUGCAGUGGAAAGUCCACCGGUUCCUUCAAGCCCACGUAAUAGCGCGGCGGGAAUGAAGCUUCUAGAAGCUUCCUCAGUUCCCUCAGCUUCAAGAGACAGGAGAGAUGAUAUGCGAGCCGAGGGAAAAGCCAUGGCUCGUGCUGCCUAUGUCUCGGUUUACGAUCCUCAGAUUAUUUACGAUAAGUAUAAGUCGCGGCCGUUUAAAGUGGUGGGAAGGAGUCUCCAGAUUUUGAGUGGGAUAGGGUUUUUUGGGUUUAGUUUAUGGGUGGAUCAGCUGCAAGGCCAGCUUGAUCAGAGGAAGAGACUCAGGGCUAUUGAGCUGAGGAAUAUCUUGACUCGUCUUGGUCCAACUUUUGUUAAAAUUGGCCAGGGCUUGUCGACCAGACCUGAUUUGUGUCCGUCUGAGUACCUUGAAGAACUUUCGGAGCUGCAGGAUGAUUUGCCCACAUUUCCGGAUGCGGAGGCACUUUCGUGCAUUGAGAAGGAGUUGGGUGUUCCUCUUGAAUCUAUAUACUCUUCAAUAUCUGCAACUCCUAUAGCUGCGGCUAGUCUAGGUCAGGUUUAUAAGGCUCAGAUGAAGUACUCUGGGCAGACGGUUGCUGUGAAGGUGCAGCGCCCUGGAAUUGAAGAAGCUAUAGGACUAGACUUUUACCUGAUAAGAGGUCUUGGACAACUGAUAAAUAAAUAUGUUGACGUAAUUACUAGUGAUGUUGUGGCACUUAUAGAUGAAUUUGCUCGUAGAGUUUAUCAAGAGCUCAACUAUGUGCAGGAAGGGCAGAAUGCGAGGAGGUUUCGGAAGUUGUAUGCUGAUAAAGCAGAUGUAUUUGUACCAGAUAUUUUUUGGGACUACACUAGUGCAAAAGUUUUGACAAUGGAAUGGGUUGAGGGUGUCAAAUUAAAUGAGAAAGAAGCUAUUGAGCGUCAAGGUUUGAAUGUCUUGGAUCUGGUUAAUGCUGGUAUCCAGUGUAGUCUAAGGCAACUACUUGAAUAUGGGUAUUUCCAUGCUGACCCUCAUCCUGGAAACCUCUUGGCAACAGCUGAUGGAAAACUUGCUUUUCUUGAUUUUGGAAUGAUGAGUGAGACUCCCGAAGAAGCAAGAUCUGCUAUAAUUGGUCAUGUCGUACACUUAGUUAAUCGGGACUAUGAAGCAAUGGCCCGUGAUUACUAUGCACUAAAUUUUUUGGCCCCAGAUGUAGAUGUUACUCCAAUUGUACCAGCACUUAGAAACUUCUUUGAUGAUGCACUUAGUGCAACUGUGAGUGAGCUCAACUUCAAAACACUAGUGGAUGGUCUGGGCGGGGUACUCUAUCAAUUUCCAUUCAAUGUUCCAGCGUACUAUGCAUUGAUUUUAAGAUCGUUGACUGUUUUGGAAGGUUUAGCCCUUUACGCUGAUCCUAAUUUUAAGGUACUCGCUGCUUCAUAUCCAUACUUUGCCAAGAGGCUACUCACAGAUCCAAAUCCAUAUCUCAGAGAUGCUCUUAUUGAAUUGCUAUUCAAAAAUGGGAGGUUCAGGUGGAACAGACUUGAGGAUCUGCUUGUUCAAGGGAAAAUGGAUAGGGAUUUUUCAGCAGGAGAUGCAUUACAACCUGUCCUAAAGCUAUUGUUGGGUCCAGACGGUGAAGAGCUUAGGGUUUUAGUUAUCAAGGAAUCUACCCGUGUUACUGAAGCUUUUAUGUUGGGAUCAAUGAUAGAUGGAUAUAAUUCAAUUCCCAGUCCCUUGAAGAACUUGAUUGUCAAUAAUAAUACAGUUGGACCUCCUGCAAUGAGCACUACUGAACAAAAAGCCUUGAUGGAUCUUCGCGAUCAAGUAUCUAGAAUCUGGAAGCUUCUGCAGUCCUCGGAGAAUUUCGAUCCUAAUGUUUUGCAGCCUAUUUUAAUAGUUCUUCAAGAACCUGAGGCGCGGAGUCUUGGCGGGCGGGUAUUUGGUGGAAUAACUCAGCGUCUUUCAGCUCGCUUUUUGCAGCAACUUCUUCGGACUCCAACAGUAGUCCCUGCUCCUUCUAGUUCGUAACACUUUUGUAAUUCAAAUCUUGAACACAAUGCCAAUUCAUUUUAGAUAGUUGGACAUAUAAUAUAGAUAAAGGAAAACGAAAACUGCAAGAGUAUAUGAAACAUUGUGCUCACAUAUUCGAAACCCAAAACUUGACACAUAGCACCAACUAGCAUUGUAUAUACAUGAAUUUCCGAAACGUGGCAAUUUUUAGCCUUAUUACACCUUAUUUCGAACGAUAUGUUUUGCUGAAA